AUGGGGCCCAGCAGUAGCAGUACUGGGACCUCUGGUCUCACAGAGAUGGGCAGGGCAUUCAUCUGGACCAGUGAGGAGAGAAUUCUGUUCCAAUGGACUUUGGGUCUGGGGCCACACCUAGAACUGGGUAAAAGUCAUUUGACCAAAGAAAAACCAAGCUUAUCUCUUGAUCCAGCUCAGAUUGAGCAGCUCAUUUGUAAGGGCCAAGAAGCCAAGGAGUUUGUCUACUGUCCCUACAGUAACUUCCCAGUGGGGGCAGCUCUCCUGACUCUGGAUGGGAAGAUUUUUUUAGGAUGCAACAUAGAAAAUGCUUCCUACCCAGUAGGCACCUGUGCAGAAUGCACUGCCAUUCAGAAGGCCAUCUCAGAAGGACACAAAGAGUUCCAAGCCAUUGCUAUUACCAGUAAUUUGGAGAAUGACUUUAUCACACCAUGUGGAGCAUAUAGACAAGUGAUAAGAGAAUUUGGGGAGGACUGGUAUGUCUACAUCACAAAAGCAGAUGGUAUGUAUGAAGUCAUGAUGGUCCAUGAACUACUGCCUGGAUUGUUUGGACCAGAUGAACUGCAGAAGAACUAG